AGGCUGAGCAUGCGCAGAGGCAGCACGGACUAGGCCCAGCCUGAGGCGGCGGCGGGCGCCGAGGCAGCAGCGGGAAAGAGCCCCCACGGCCCACCGCAGUGAAAGAGAGGCGGCGAGUUUUCCAAGAUGACGCAAUUCCUGCCCCCAAAUUUGUUGGCACUAUUUGCCCCCCGUGAUCCUAUACCCUACCUACCUCCUCUGGAGAAACUACCCCAUGAGAAGCACCAUAAUCAGCCCUACAGUGGCAUUGCCCCCUACAUUCGAGAAUUUGAGGACCCACGUGAUGCUCCCCCACCUACCCGUGCAGAGACGCGUGAGGAACGAAUGGAACGGAAGAGGCGGGAGAAGAUUGAGCGCCGGCAACAAGAGGUUGAGACUGAGCUGAAGAUGUGGGACCCUCACAAUGAUCCCAAUGCUCAAGGAGAUGCCUUCAAGACUCUCUUUGUGGCCAGAGUUAACUAUGACACAACAGAAUCCAAGCUGAGGCGGGAGUUUGAAGUUUAUGGCCCUAUCAAAAGAAUCUACAUGGUGUACAAUAAGCACUCCGGCAAGCCACGUGGCUACGCCUUCAUUGAAUAUGAACAUGAACGUGACAUGCACUCGGCAUACAAGCACGCCGAUGGGAAAAAAAUAGAUGGCAGGCGGGUGCUGGUGGACGUAGAGAGAGGCCGCACGGUGAAGGGAUGGCGCCCACGCAGGCUUGGUGGUGGUCUCGGUGGCACCCGGCGAGGAGGUGCUGACGUCAACAUCAGACAUUCAGGCCGGGAUGACACUUCCCGAUACGAUGAACGGGAUCGAGACCGCGAACGGGAGCGUGAUCGCCGAGACCGCAGCCGAGACAGGGACAAAGAGCGGGAACGCCGUCGCAGCCGAUCCCGGGAACGCCGGCGGCGGACGCGGAGCCAAGAGAAAGAUGAGCGGAAGCGCAGCCGGGAGCGCAGCAAGGAUAAAGACCGGGAGCGCAAGCGCCGCAGCCGUUCCAGGGAUCGCAAGCGGGACCGGGACCGGGACAGAGACAAGAAGGAAGAGCUGCCAGAAGUGGCUGAGGCCCAGCCUGAUGAGGCCACCCUUGGCGAGAUGGGCGUAGAUGGGCUGGAGGUGAAGCCCGAAGUGGGGGAAGAGAAGGGCAGGGACAGAGACAGGGAAAGGGACAGGGAUAGAGAGAGGGAUCGGCGGCGCAGCCAUCGCGACAAAGACAGAGACAGGGAUCGUGACAGAGAGCGUCGUCGUGAUAGGGACAGAGAUAGGGACCGUGACAGGGAGCACAAGCGGGAGCGGGGGGAGCGGGGAGGGGAUAAACGGGAAGAGAGGGGGCAGGACAAUGGCAUGGGAGAGGCCUUGGAAGAAACCAGCCAGGAUAUGUUCCUGGACCAAGAAUCCAUGCAGUCAGCUGAUGGUUAUUUGUCCACUGAGAAUGGAUAUAUGAUGGAGCCCCCAAUGGAGUGAUGAAUGGAGACGCUUCCGUGCCCCAUGUGGUCCAGCCAGGUGAGGCUUUUGUCUCCCAGGCUGCCUAACCAAUGAGGCCCCAUCAGCCAGUUGAUGUAAUUGAUUUUAACUGGUUUUGUUUAGAAGGGUAAGUCUGUUUCAGUUCUGCCUGUCCUACCCCAUUUCUUCUUAACAUGUAACCUUCCACGGAUCCCUUGUGUAUUUGGAUAUUUUUCUUUAAACAAGAAUAAAGUGGUGUUAAUGUUUUCUUCUCCAUGUGAA